AGGAAAAAUGCCAUUUGGAAUCACUUCUACUUCACUCUCCUCUCUUUCUUUCUCAAGUUAGCUUUAGCUGUCUCUCACCAGAAAGUCUAACCUCACAUCACACAAAUCCUUAGAGAAGACAAGGAGAAAAAGCUAAAAAUGGAAACGGAAGCUUCGGUGAGGGAUGAUCCAGCAAUGACCUUUGAAGAGGUUUCUAUGGAACACAGCACGAGCUUCGUUAAGGCCUUGCAGGAGCUUAAGAACUUGAGACCUCAACUUUACUCUGCUGCGGAUUACUGUGAAAAGUCUUAUCUACAUAGCGAACAAAAGCAAAUGGUAUUGGACAAUUUAAAGGACUACACUGUAAAGGCUCUGGUUAAUGCUGUUGAUCACUUGGGAACUGUUGCUUCUAAGCUUACUGAUCUCUUUGAUCACCAAAGUUUAGAUAUAUCAAAUAUGGAGUUGAGAGCUUCUUGUGUUAGCCAGCAACUGCUUACAAGCCGGACAUAUAUAGACAAAGAAGGUCUUAGACAGCAACAGCUUUUAGCAGUUAUCCCAAUGCAUCACAAGCAUUACACUCUACCUAAUUCUGUUAACAAGCGGGUACACUUUAGUCCUCUCAAACGAACUGACACUAUACAGAAUCAUCAUCAAGCUAUAUCCCGUCUUCAACCUUCAGACGCGCCUUCAUCGAAAUCACUCUCCUGGCAUUUAGGCUCAGAGACAAAGUCUACCCUGAAAGGAAUAACCACUGUUGCACCAAGCUCCAAAGAUUCAAAAACUUUUACAAAGACAUCUGGAGUGUUCCAUCUUUCAGGUGAUGAAGAUAAUAUAAUAAACAAGAAGCCUUUACUCGGAGGUUAUCAGGUCUCUGGUGUUCCUGCAACAUCCAGUAUCACAAGGCAGACAUAUGGUGAUGCCCAUAAGGUCAUGGAAGUUCCCAAACUUACGAUGUCACACAAGUCACAGGACAAACCACGACCAGAUAUCAUUCAAGCCCCUGUACGGACAAAAAAUGUUAUGUCUGCGUUCUUCGUCAAACCAAAAACUCCAAAGCUUAGAGCUGGUUACGUCUCGUGAGACAACCAACUCUCUCCACUGAUAACGAAGCUCACCUUUCUUUUAUUUUUGCAACACGUUUUCUUUUCACGUGAACUAUUAUUGUUCCAACAUUAAUGUCAUGUACGAACUCAAAUAAGACAUGAUUAUGGUCCGUGAGUAACAAAACUGUGGUAGAUCAAGAAUAUAAAUUGCU